AUGAUGGAGACCGCUUCAUCCCCUUUGUCCCUCCAGAACCAAAAGACAAGCUUCCAAGACCUUCCAGAAGCUUCCCCCAAGCCUUACAAGAAGGGCUUUGUGGCCACCCUAAUGGGAGGAGCCUCCAAUUCUCCUUCCUUCAAAGAAGACAACUACUUUGUGUCCCUCCUCAGGUCCUCAGAGAAAAAAGCCCUUCAGGAGCUGAAGGACAAGCUCAAAGCUUCUUUUGAUGACUCACCCUCUGAUGCCUCCAUGUGGGGCGUUUCCCUCCUUGGAGGUGAUGACAGAGCUGAUGUUAUUCUCCUGAAGUUUCUUAGAGCUAGGGACUUUAGGGUUGGUGAUGCCUUCCAAAUGCUUAUAAAGUGUCUUGCUUGGAGGAAGGACUUUGGUGCUGACACCAUUUUGGAAGAAGAUUUGGGGUUUAGCGAGCUUGAAGGAGUGAUAGCAUAUAUGCAAGGGUAUGACAAAGAAGGGCACCCUGUGUGCUACAAUGCUUAUGGGGUAUUUAAGGACAAGGAAAUGUAUGAGAAGGUCUUUGGUGAUGAGGAGAAACUGAAAAAGUUCCUCAGGUGGAGAGUUCAAGUCCUUGAGAGAGGCAUCAAGCUUCUUCAUUUCAAGCCUGGUGGGGUCAAUUCUCUCAUUCAGGUCACAGACCUCAAGGACAUGCCGAAGAGAGAGCUGAGGGUGGCUUCCAACCAGAUCCUCUCCUUGUUCCAAGACAACUACCCGGAAAUGGUGGCUCGCAAGGUUUUCGUCAACGUGCCAUGGUACUUCAGCAUGCUGUAUUCAAUGUUCAGUCCGUUUCUGACUCAGAGAACCAAGAGCAAGUUUGUGAUCUCCAAGGAAGGAAAUGCUGCAGAGACACUCUACAAAUUUAUUAGGCCUGAGGAUAUUCCUGUGCAGUAUGGAGGACUGAAUAGGCCCAGUGAUUUGCCGAAUGGUCCCCCAAAACCUGCAUCUGAGUUCACAAUCAAAGGCGGGGAGAAAGUGAACAUACAGAUUGAAGGAAUUGAGGCUGGUGCAUCGAUCACAUGGGACAUUGUGGUGGGAGGAUGGGACUUGGAAUACAGUGCCGAGUUUGUGCCAAAUGCUGAAGGAAGCUACACCAUAGCAGUUGAAAAGCCAAGGAAGAUGGGAGCCUCAGAAGAAGCAAUCCACAACUCAUUCACAUCAAAAGAAUCUGGCAAGAUGGUACUCUCAGUUGAUAACACUGCCUCCAGGAGGAAAAAGGUUGCUGCUUAUCGCUAUGUUGUCCGCAAAAGCAGCACCAUUUGA